AUGCCGUUUAAAAUAGACCCCUCAUGUUUAGGCGAAUCAAAACACAUUGCUACUAAAAGAUUUAAUUCACUUUGGCAACGUUUGAAGAGAGAACCAGAGUAUAGGCAACUAUACAGCGAAUUUUUAACUGAGUAUGAGAAUUUGGGGCAUAUGCAGGCAACUUGCGAAACUCCAAGGUACAUUAUGCCUCAUCAUGGCGUUUUUAGGCCAGAAAGUAGUACUACAAAAUUGCGCGUUGUUUUUAACGCAUCAGAGGCAACGUCAUCUGGACAAUCGCUUAAUGAUAAUUUGUAUUCAGGAUCUGUUGUCCAAGAUGAUUUGUUUGCUAUUUUGUUGAGGUUUCGAAAACGUUCUAUAGUUUUCACCGCCGAUAUAAAAAAGAUGUAUCGUCAAAUUUGGAUACAUCCAGAUCAGUGUGAUUUACAAUGUAUUUUAUGGAAAGAUUUAGAGGAAGAGAAAUUACGUGUAUUUAAGUUGCUCACUGUUACCUACGGAACCAAAUGCGCUCCUUACUUGGCAACUAGAGUACUAAAACAAUUAUGCUGUGAUGAGCAGGACAACUAUCCUUUAGCCGCUGCUGCUGGCAAAGAUUUUUACGUCGAUGAUAUACUCAGUGGUACCGAUGAUUUAUCUUCUGCCAUUGAACUACAAAACCAGUUAAUACAUUUGUUAAAAUCAGCUGGUAUGGAGCUUCACAAAUGGAGCUCAAAUAAUCCUGUUUUGUUACAAAAUGUCCCAACGUCGGACCGAGAAUACAAUUUCGAUAACCCCAACUCAGCUACUUUAAAAACUUUGGGAUUACAAUUCAAUCCUGAAAAGGAUACAUUUAGUUUUAGUGUUCAAAAAAUUGUGAGACCUGCAACAAAAAGAGCAAUGCUAUCGGACAUAUCCAGAUUGUUUGAUCCUUUAGGCCUCUUAGGACCUUUGAUAAUCACAGCGAAGAUGUUCUUGCAGAAGUUGUGGAUUUUGAGAAUUGAUUGGGACGAUGAAGUUCCCUUACACUUAAAUAGAGAGUGGGAAAAAUUUAGUUCUGAAUUGAGUCAAUUGAAAAAUGUAAACAUAGAUCGUCAUGUGGUAUGUUCUAAAGUUCUGAAAGUAGACCUGAUAGGCUUCGGAGAUGCUUCGAAAAAUGCAUAUGGUUGUGCUGUCUACACCAGGUCUUUGUCAAGGUCUGGUGAGAUAAAGGUGUCACUCUUAUGCAGCAAAUCUCGAGUAGCUCCCAUCAAAGAAAUUAGUAUCCCACGUUUGGAGCUGUGUGCAGCGGAUUUGCUUUCCAAGCUUACCGUUAAGGUUCUGUCAUCCUUGCAACUAGACAUUGAUGGAGUACAUUUGUACUCGGACUCCACUGUGGUGCUUGCUUGGAUCAAAACUCCACCUACAUCGUUGAAAACUUUUGUGGCUAAUCGAGUCGCUAGGAUUCAAGAGUAUACUAAGAACUUCCAAUGGCAUUAUGUAAAUACUUCUGAGAAUCCUGCGGACUUGAUAUCACGAGGAGUUUUCCCUUCAAAGAUCCAACAGUUGGACAUUUGGUGGAAUGGACCGUCUUUUCUUUCAUCUAGUAGCUGUCCAAACUUCAAUGACUAUCCUGGUGUCUCAGAUGAUGAAUAUCUUCUUGAGGUGAAAAGAACUGCGAAGAACUCUGAACUGAAUAAUGAUCCUAUGAUUAAUCUUUCCAUUUGUAAUAUUCCUAGUUUUUUACAGUGCAUAUUAGAUAUAAGUAAUAAUUAUAGUAAAAUUGUUCGUAUUUUGAGUUAUGUUUUCAGGUUUGUCAAGAACCUAAAAGAAGCAGUGAAGACAACAGGUCCACUGAAUGCUGAGGAAUUGAACUAUGCAGAGACAUUUUUAAUUAAAAAUGUCCAAAUCCAAGAGUUUGCCAAAGACGUCAGUAGUCUCCAAAAACACCACUGUGUGCCUCCUGGUAGUAAAUUAAAAACUUUGAAUCCUUUCUUGGAUUCUAAAGGAUUGUUAAGAGUCGGAGGACGGUUGGCCCAACCAAUUGCACCUUCUCAAAUCAUGGGCAAUUUGCCCAAGGAAAGAGUAUCUCCAGAUUUUGCUUUUAAUUGUGCUGGUGCCGAUUUCUGUGGGCCGUUUUAUAUUAAGAAUAAGGCUCAGCGUAAAGCUGUUCAUAUAGAAAUUGUUUCAGAUUUGACUUCUGAUUCCUUUAUAGCGACUUUAAAACGAUUCAUGGCUCGAAGAGGUAAAUGUGCGAAACUAUUUUUAGAUAAUGCUAAGAAUUUUGUAGGAGCUAAUAGAGAAAUUAUAAAACUUCAUGAAAUGGUUAGAAAACCAGAUGAAAAGCUGGCAGGAUAUUUAGCUGCAGAAGGCAUUGAGUGGAAAUUUAUUCCACCUAGAUCCCCACACUUUGGCGGUCUUUGGGAGGCAGCUAUAAAGUCAUUUAAAUACCAUCUAAAAAGAGUUGUUAAGGGAAUAAACUUAACUUAUGAAGAGUUCUUAACGGUAAUUGUGCAAAUUGAGGGAAUUUUGAAUUCUCGUCCACUUUGCCCCUUGUCAGCUAACGAGGACGAUUUUGAGGUUCUUACUCCUGCACAUUUUUUAAUAAAUAGGUCUUUAUCCUCUUUGAAUGAGCCUGAUUUGACAAAUUUAAAAGAAAGUCAUCUGAAGAAAUGGCAAAAGCAAUUUUUUUAUUCAAGUUUGAAUACUGAAGUUGACUAUUAUAUUGAAACUGAUGGGAAACUUACUGAAGACUCUACAGAAGGUCUUUACUCAAAUUUUACAGUAUCUUGUAAAUGUGGAUUUAUGACUGAAUUCACGCCAACCCCCAAAAUGAGUAAAAGAUCAUCUUUGAAUACUUUAUUGGAAUUGGCAUUAAGAUUGAUUGGCAGAGGAUUUUCUUUUGGGAAGAAAUUGCUAGCCACAUUAAAUUUGCCAUAUGCUUCUAAACAGGCUUUUAUAGCUGAUGGAAUGAAACUGUUAGAAUCAUUGAAGUACCAUUGUGAGAAAAACCUGAAAUCUGCAUCUAAAGAAGUGCAAAAGUGCAAAAUUUGA